CGUUCGAGGCGAAUGGAGCUACCUAUACUGUUGCAUAUCCCGAUACUACUUUUGUAGUUACUACUACCGGUACACCCCCGCCCGCCAGUGAGAUUCCUUCCGGAGCUGUAAUCUAUGGCCCCUCCACUACUGUUACUGGGAAUCAGCCCUAUGUUUUUUAUACUCUUGAAGGCGGCACUUCCACUAUAGUGUUUUCUAGUUAUAGCUUUGAUAGUAUUGACCCUAGCGAAAUUCCUUCUGGAUACACACUUAUCGGUCCCUCUACUACAGUUGUCGGAAACUCCCCUAUAAGUUCAACUCCCGCUUCAUCACGAGCUGCAACUUUGACAAAAACUUCCGCGACAAGUACGACUUCUAAGAUGGAUACAACUUCUACGACGAGUACGACCUCUACAAGUACAUCUUCUACAAGUACGUCCACAUCGAGUACCACUUCUGUAACAGCCACUACAACUGGCUUAAAGGCAUCAGCACCUCACAUCAAACCUGCUUUAAAGCUGAGACAAUGUAUCAGUAUUGCUAUGCUCCUUUCCUUUCCAAUGCUUGACAUUAAAGUUAUAGAUUGGAGUCGUAAGAUCCACCUUGCUCUCCUUCCUGUUAGCUUUGAUGUCCUUAGCCAUUGCAAUGCACUAUAA